AUGUAUGGCACAUUAGCAGAACUCGGAAAGCACUACAGUAAUUCUCUUUCUUUGCAGAGUUUAGCAAUGCAUUCUGGGAUGGACUAUGCCAUUAUGACUGGAGGUGAUGUAGCGCCUAUGGGGAAGGAGGGUGUCACAGCUAUGCAUAAAGUUUUUGAUUGGGCUUCGUCAAGCCGGAGGGGUGUUCUUUUAUUUGUUGAUGAGGCUGAUGCAUUUCUCAGAAGACGGAGUUCAGAAGUGAUUAGUGAAGACAUGAGAGCGACGCUAAAUGCUUUCUUGUACAGAACAGGAGAACAAUCCAAAAAGUUUAUGUUAGUUUUAGCAAGUAAUCAACCGGAGCAGUUUGAUUGGGCAAUAAAUGAUAGAAUAGAUGAAAUGGUGGAUUUCCAGUCACCAGGAUUAGAAGAACGAGAACGAAUGGUUUAUUAUUAUUUUGAUAAAUAUAUCCUACAACUAGCAUUAUCUGGAAAAAGUCGAUUUCAAGUUGCUAAGAUGGAUUAUGGUGAGAAAUGCAAAGAAAUAGCGCAAAAGACGGAUGGUUUAUCUGGACGAGAAAUCGCUAAGAUUGGUGUAGCAUGGCAGGCCAGUGGUUACGCAUCGGAGGAGGGUCUUCUAACUGAAGAAAUGAUAGACGCCAGAGUCAAUGAAGCUGUCACACAACAUAAACAGAAAGUGGACUGGAAAGAAUCUGAAGAUGCCAGAAAUAAACAAUCACAAACGCAUGCAAUUAGUUUUGGAUCUGGAAGUAAAAGUUCAAAGUGAUUGCAAAAAUGAAUGUGGUAGUUAGUGCAGAAACAUUGUGUGCGUUAUUCCAGGAAGUAUGUGUGACUGGUUAGUAGGUGUGAUGUGCUUAGACUUGACUGUGACAACAAUCCAUCUGAUGACUCGCUUGAAGAAUUGGUAUCAACAUCACCAGAAAUACCAACUAAAUGAAUCAUCCUUUCCUGGUGUUUGUCCAAAUAAAGUAUUUGGAAUCGAGAUGUGAUGCAAUACUCACAAAAUGAUCAAACUCUUCCAGUGUUGCCUUUUGUCAUCUUCUAUAAAGAUCUUGGGUUACAACGUUUUAAUCAAAUAAAUUCUGUGAAACUAUUAAAUGAUAUCUGUUUGGACCAAAGUUUUCAAUCACAAGAGUUAGAAAAAUGUGUAUGAAAUCAUGGUGGUUUGAAUAUAAUGAAAGGUCAAUGUUAA